AUGAAAUCCUUGUUGUUUUGCAUUCUAUGUCACCUUCUUGUUGCUAUUGCAUGGUGUAAAGAAGAUCAAGCUCAUACUCUCCAAUCUAUUGAAGCAGCAGCAAAGUUGACCCGCAAGAUAGUGUCCGAUGCAGGCCGUGGACACAUCUUGACCUUGAUGGACGAAUCCGUAUCCAAGGAAUUUGCUGGAUAUCCCUUUGGCAUUAUGGAAUACUACAGUGACAAGUGUACUCCCAAUGGCAACCUACUCUUGUUCAUGUCUGAUUUGCAGAUGAGUGCUCGAAAUAUGCAUAAAAAUACUGAAAAAGUCGCAUUCACCAUCACUGCUCUCCAUGAUUAUAACCCUGGUUGGAACAAUCAUUCAACUCCUGUUCAACAACCACGCUUCACCAUGUUUGGCAACAUUGAAAGAGUGCCAGAGUCCAAGACUGAAAUUGCCAUGGAUUGCUUUACAAAGACUCACGCAGAAGCUAAACCAUGGAAGUCUUUUCACGACUUUAAUUUUUAUGAAUUUCACGUCAAGGGCAUCUAUUAUGUUGGUGGUUUUGGCGGCUUAAACUACAUUGGAUGGAUUCCGCUAGAUCUGUAUCAAACUGCAGGAUUUGGUAGAUUAGUGGAGCAAUAA